CAAAGGCCAAGGGUUAGUUUGAAGAUGGCUGCCUCCCAAGAUGACAUGUUUUCUUUCUGCGUGGACACAACUAAAGUUAGCAGUUGUGUGGAAAUCCGAUUUAUUGACAAGAUUAAGGGCAAAGGAUUAUUUGCCAAGAAGGCCAUCAAGAAGGGAGACACCAUUUUUGUAGAGCGCCCUCUUGUCUCUUCCCAGUUCUUGUGGAAUUCCCAGUACAAAUAUAAAGCCUGUGAAUACUGCUUGCGUGCUCUGGAGACAGCUGAGGAUAAUGCCCGUAGACUCAGUGGCAACCCUGGCCUCAGUCUACCCCACACCGAGCUGUGCAAAGUGCGCCCAGAGCUGCACCGAGCUUGUCCACAAUGCCAGGUGAUGUACUGUAGCAAUGAGUGUCGGCAGGCUGCGGCAGACCAGUACCAUCGGGCCCUGUGCUUAGGCCCCUCCCAAGAAGACCCGGACCACCCCGUCAACAAACUUAAGGAUGCUUGGAGGAGUAUGCACUACCCCCCUGAGACCUCCAGCAUCAUGCUCAUGGCCAGGAUGGUGGCCACUGUCAAACAGGCCCAAGACAAAGACUGCUGGCAGAAGUUGUACUUUCAGUUCUGCAGCCGUGCGGCCAACGAGGAGGAGGAGAUUGCACACAAGCUGCUGGGAGAGAAGUUCCAGGGACAGUUGACCUUACUACGAACCCUGUUUACAAAGGCACUUUACGAUGAUCAUCUCAAUAGGUGGUUUACACCUGAGGGAUUUCUCUCCCUCUUCUCCCUGGUAGGGACCAAUGGACAGGGCAUAGGUACCAGCUCUCUCAGCCAAUGGGUUCAUGCAUGUGAUGCAUUGGAGCUGACUAGCCAGCAGAGGGAGCAAUUGGAUUCCUUCAUUGAUCAACUAUACAAGGACAUUGAGAAAGAGACCGGUGACUUUCUGAACUGCGAGGGUUCUGGGCUCUUCCUACUUCAAAGCUCAUGUAACCACAGCUGCAUACCGAAAGCGGAGGCAUCUUUCCCGAACAACAACUUCUUGCUUCACCUCAGUGCCCUUAGUGACAUCAACCCUGGAGAGGAGAUCUGCAUCAGUUACUUGGACUGCUGUCAGCGUGACAGGAGCCGUCAUAGCAGACAGAAAAUCCUGAGGGAGAACUACCUGUUCGUCUGCUCGUGUCCAAAAUGUCUUUCUCAGAUGGAUGAGCUAGAUCUGACGUCGGAGGAGGAGGAGGAGGAGGAGGAGGGGGAGGGGGAAACGGAAACGGAGGGGGAUGACAUGGAGGAGAUAACGGACGUCUGAGGGGGAAAAAAAGACCAGCUCCUCUCUUCCUCCCUCCCUCCCUCCUACUCACCCCCUCCCAAAAUCCACUAUCAGCCACGCUAGCUAACUGCAACUCUGCCCAGUGAAGACCAAUUUCAAAGAAGACAUAUCAAACACCAAACAUAUAUUUUUUCAAGGAAAAAGUCACUCACUGGCCCGACGUUUUGGAUCUCCCCCUUGAAAAGCAUUUGGUGACAUGACUGUACAGUAGCAGGUCUCAUCUCACCUCUAGAGUAGCUUCUGCUUAUUGGAAAUGUUUACAUUAAAGACAGUUUAGUACCCCUCUAGAAUGGUAGAAACCAUUAAAUAGACUAGAUGUAAUUCAUUCCUUAGGUGUUGCUUUCACCUUUGCCCUCAGAACAGCCUCAAUUCGUCAGGGCAUGGACUCUACAAGGUGUCAAAAGUGUUCUACAGGGAUGCUG